CUAUUUUGGAGAAGGAAAAUGGAAGCUCUCAAGAGGUUCUCUUGUGGUGGCUAAAGGCAAGAAGGAAAGUACGCUCUACAUGACAAAUGCAAAGCAUAGCAAGGGAGGAAUCAAUGUUGCUGAGAAAGAUUCUUCUAUUGAGCUUUGGCAUAAGAGACUCGGUCAUUUGAGCGAGAAGGGGCUGCAAAUACUCUCCAAGAAACAACUCUUGCCCGGAGCUAAAGGUACUCUUCUUAAAACUUGUGUUGAUUGCUUAGCCGGA